CCAAAGAAGUCGUCAACUUUGUAAUUUCUUGGAAGUUGCUUGAUGUUUGAGGCUUUUGAACUACUCUUAUAUCAAGUUCCAAACCAUACUUAUUAUUAGGCAAAUAAAACCAUCAGAUUGCCUCCGUCUAAUAAAGAAAGUCUUCUCUUUAAAGAAUUUUUGAUCCACUCAUGGAGCGUCAAUUCUGAGCGAGUCAAGUCAAGCCAAGUGGACUGGAGAUACAGUCCAUGAUUUGCAAUCUAUCCUCUCCACCGAAAAAUUAUCUAUUCACCCACUCCCAAUCUCCGAUUUCUUCAAAAUUGAAACUCCCAAAAGCACGCUCAGGUUCUCCAGAAUGGAUAAUCUGCUCCCCAAAAUCCCCAGAAACAAGGCUUUGUUUGUUUGCACGGUUUGCUUGAUCAGCCUCUUCCCAAUAAUCAAAGCUGACCCAGUUCUCGUAUCCAAAGAAUGCCCAGACACAAACCUUAGCACAACCAGUACCUACGCCCCAAACAGCACCUACCAAACAAACCUCAACAUCCUCUUCUCAGUUCUCUCCUCCAACUCCAACAACGCAUCCAACGGCUUUUACAGUUUCACCGCCGGCAGCAGCCCACCCGACAUUGCCUACGGCCUCUUCCUCUGCCGCGGUGAUGUCUCCGUCACCGUGUGUCGAGAAUGUGUGGUUUUCGCUACCAGAGAUGCAGUGGAACGGUGCCCCAGGUCGAAGCGGGUCACGAUCUGGUACGACGAGUGCAUGCUAAGAUACUCCAACGUGUCCAUCUCCGCCACUCUGGAUACAGGGUUCCAGGCAAUUUUGUACAAUCCUAAUAAAUUUGAGAAUGGGACCCGUUUGAGUGAAGUUUUGGGUGAGAUAAUGGACGAUAUUGGCGAUCGGGCUUCGAGUGAUGACUCAGGUAGGAAAUUCGCCACUGCAAAAGCCAAUUACUCACUCCUUCAGCUGGUGUACGGGCUAGCGCAAUGCACGCCUGAUAUUUCUAAUUCUGAUUGCAAUACUUGCCUUCAGAGUUGUAUCUCAACUUUUCCGACUUGCUGUGACACAUUGCAAGGAGCAAGAGUUUUGUUUCCGAGCUGUUAUGUUAGGUAUGAGCCGUACCUGUUUUUCAACGCCAACAUCAGUGCCGCUCCGCUCCCAGCUUCGCCUCCUCCUCCUAGUACUACCACUACAAGCAACCCAGCUUCCCCUCCUCCUCCUAGUACUACUACUACUACAAGCAACCCUGGAAGUGGAGGAGACGUCUCAUUGCAAGUAAUCACUGCCAUUGUAGUUUCAAUUGGGGUCGCUAUUAUGCUUUUCAUAGCAGGCUUCUGCUUCCUAACUAAGAGGGUGAAGAAAAAGUACAAUUGUAUAAAAGAAAACAAUGUUAGGGAUGACAUCUCAGCAGUGGAGUCUUAUGAUUUGGGUACAAUUCAUUUUGCCACGAACAACUUCUCAAACGAUAACAAAAUUGGUCAAGGUGGAUUCGGUCCGGUCUACAAGGGUUUACUUCCAAAUGGACAAGAGGUAGCUGUGAAGAGGCUAUCUGGAACUUCAAGCCAAGGUGCGCUAGAAUUCAAGAACGAGGUGGUAUUGGUAGCCAAGCUCCAGCAUAGAAACCUUGUAAGGCUACUGGGAUUUUGCUUGGAAGGAGAAGAAAAGAUACUCAUUUAUGAGUUUGUGCCCAACAAAAGCCUCGACUACUAUUUAUUCAACCCACAACAGAGAGCGAAGUUAGAUUGGACAAGACGUUUCAAGAUUAUAGGAGAGGUGGCCCGAGGGAUGUUGUACCUUCACGAAGAUUCACGGCUUAGAAUUAUACACCGAGAUCUCAAAGCUAGCAAUAUCUUGUUGGAUGGUGAUAUGAAUGCAAAAAUUUCAGAUUUUGGAACGGCUAGGAUCUUUGGAGUUGAUCAAACUCAAGGAAAUACAAAGCGACCCGUGGGAACUCUUGGUUACAUGUCUCCGGAGUAUGCAUUGCAUGGACAAUUCUCUAUCAAGUCCGAUGUGUUUAGCUUCGGUCUCUUAGUUUUGAAGAUCAUUUCUGGCAAGAAGAACUACAACUUUUACCAAGAUGGUGCUGCAGGCCUUGUCAGCUACGCUUGGAAACUCUGGACGAGAGGUACGCCCAUGGAUUUGAUGGAUCCAACUCUUGAAGGGUCCUAUGCAAGAAAUAAAGUCACUAGAUGCAUCCAUAUUUCCUUAUUGUGCAUCCAAGAUGAUCCGGGCGCCAGGCCGUCCAUGGCAACAAUAGUUCAAAUGCUCAAUAGCGAUUCCACUACUCUCGUACUUCCUCAAAAGCCUGUAUUUGUUGAUUGGAGCAGUACAGGGUCGAAUAGGAUUGAAGAACUAGAGUCGGAUCAAUCCACAUCAAGUCAGGCAAUACUAAAUGAAGCAUCAAAAGGCACAAUAGGUGACGAAAUAUAGAUUUCGUCACCAGAUAGGAAUCCUCGACAACCUUUAGUUGAUAAA